UUAUCGGCUGAUUCAGGAGCUGCUGUUUUUGGACGAUUUACAGAGUUUGUCCUGAAGCUGAAUUCAGAUCAGCAGUUAAAGCUCGUCACAGAGUGUGUUUUUUUUAAAGCUCUAUCUAAUGUGCUCAAUCCCGCCUCCUGGAAGGCAGCCCAAGGAUAUCAUAUAGUAAAAUGGCUGAAAAGCAGAAACACGAAGGCAGGGUAAAGAUAGGACACUACAUCCUCGGAGAUACGCUCGGAGUGGGAACAUUUGGAAAAGUUAAGAUUGGAGAGCACCAGCUAACAGGACAUAAAGUUGCUGUGAAGAUCCUAAACAGACAGAAGAUCCGCAGUCUCGAUGUUGUGGGGAAAAUCAAACGAGAGAUUCAGAACCUUAAGCUCUUCAGACAUCCACAUAUCAUCAAGCUGUAUCAGGUGAUCAGCACUCCUACAGACUUCUUCAUGGUGAUGGAAUACGUGUCUGGAGGGGAACUCUUUGACUAUAUUUGUAAGCAUGGAAGGGUGGAGGACACAGAGGCAAGACGGCUCUUCCAGCAGAUCAUCUCAGCCGUAGAUUACUGCCACAGACACAUGGUGGUGCACAGAGACCUCAAGCCUGAGAAUGUACUGCUGGAUGGCAACAAGAAUGCCAAGAUCGCUGACUUUGGUCUGUCAAACAUGAUGUCUGAUGGAGAGUUCCUGAGAACAAGCUGCGGAUCACCAAAUUAUGCUGCGCCAGAGGUCAUCUCAGGAAGAAUUUCUUAAACUACUUCAAAGUGUUCUCAUCAAAAAAUCCUCCACAUGCAGCAAUGACAGCUUUGCAGAUCCUUGGCAUUCUAGCUGUCAGUUUGUCCAGAUACUCAGGUGACAUUUCACCCCAGCAUUUGCCAUAGAUGUGGCUGUCUUGUCGGGCACUUCUCAAGCACCUUACAGUCUAGCUGAUCCCACAAAAGCUCGAUGAGGUUAAGAUCCAUGUAAGGAUUCAUGGAAAAGGAGGAUGCUGGGGCCGGCUUGGCAAACACGUAGACAUUUAUUGUUGCACUUUUCAGUCGCACACAAUAAGGCCGCUUUUCAGCAGUACACAAAAGGUUUCUUUUCAGCUUCACUACACAUAAACUCUGUUGGCUUUUCAGCUCAACGCUCCACAUAAACUCUAUUUGCUUUUCAGUUUCACUACACAUAAACUCAGUUGGCUUUUCAGCUCAACACUACACAUAAACAGUUUCGUUGAGUCUCUCUCUCUCCCUGUGUCUCUCCCUGACUACAGCUCUUGCCACGGCUUUAUCUCUCACCUCUUAAACAGUGUUGCCAUGGCAAUGCAUUAAAUGUCAUUUAUUCCUUUUUAUGUAUAUUCACAUGUUUUUGAGGUACUGGUCAUGCUUGAAUUUUCAUGAUAUUUUGCACACACAUCAAAGUUGUCGGCCAUUAGGCCUGGGCAAAUGUUAACACUUGGCCGUGGCUAGGGAGCUCUGUAGUGCCACCUUUUGACAAACAUUGUGGGGUCAGUUUCUUCUAUGGUCACCAAACUUGCUACAUAUAUUGUUCUCAUCAAGCCGGACAACUUUCAAAAUUAUAGUCAUUAGCUCCACCCAACAAGAAGUCGGUUAUUUUGGAUUGAAUGUGCAUUUUAUUUUAAAUUGCAGGCCGUGAAAUUUUGAAUACUCCUCCUAGGGGAUUCAUCUGACUGGCACCAAACUUAGGUAAUAUUAUGACAAUACAUUGAAGAUGCUUAUAACUUCUAUGUGCAUUGUAUGAUUUUGAUGAAAAUUCAGCUCCAUGUUUGGUAAUGGGUGCUGUUCACAUUUAUGUGGCUAUUAUGGGUCACGGUCAUGGCGCCACCAACUGGCACCAGGAAGUAAGGCAAUUUUAACAGACUUUGAAAUAGCCCUCUUGUGUCUACAUGAAUUGCUUUAAAAUUCUUUAGAAUAAUGUCGUUUAUUGUAAUGAAAAUGUACUGCACAAACUUUGUAUUUUUUUUUAUAUAAAUAAAAUAUAAUAAAAAUAUUAAUUGAAAUGUAAAAAUACUAGAAAAUCAAAGCCAUUUGUCUAACCCAGUUCUGAGUGGCAAUUAACUUGUUCAGACGCAGUACCAGAACUGUCCAGUAGAGGACAGCCAAGCUUCACCAUUGGUGAAUGAUUCCCAAAAGAUCACAUCUUUAAAAUUAUCUGAGUAAACUCAAUAUGAAUUUGAGAACAAUAAUACAAAAAGAUCAUUUAUAUGAAAGAUUUUUCUAAGGACAGGACAAGUCUUUUUUUAUAAAAUGCGAUAAAGAUGUCGUCCAGCUCUGGAACUACCGUCGCCAAGGCCACAGGGAACGCCUCCCUCCACAAUUUUAGGAGGAUGAGGUGGUCAAUUUGACGUGCCCCGCCCCUGUCCAUUCGUCUAACCUCAUAAUCGAGAUAUAUUACUCACCUUGUGACCUCAAAGGGCUCUUGCCACUUGGCGAGUAAUUUAGAGACUGAGGUGGGCAGCAAUACAAGCACUUUAUCUUCCGGUGCGAAUUCCUGUUGUUGAGUGCCCUUGUCAUACAUUCGGCUUUGACAUUCCUGAGCUUGGAGCUAAUUCUCCUGUAUUAGUUGACACAAAGUGUGGAGUUUUGCUCUAAGAUCAAGAAAAUAUUAAAUUUCAUUUUUACUGUUUGAAGAUCCCUCCUCCUAAGCUUCCCGUAUCACGUUGAGCAUGCCGUGCGGCCAAUGCCCAUACAGCAGCUUGAAUGGGGAAAACCCUGUGGAGGCUUGUGGGACAUCUUGCACUACAAAUAACAGGGGAUCGAGCCACUAAAUAAAAGGUUUUAUUAAAUCGUUCCACCAAUCCAUCCGUUUGUGGGUGGUAAACACUGGUGCGAAUCAAUUUAAUACCUGCUGAGAUGCUGAGAUGUUUCGCAGGGGCACUGCUUCCAGAAAUCGCAUUGCAUAGUCCACCAGAACUAAUACAGAGCAAUGCCCGUGUGCAUUCUGUUCUAAUGGCCCAAUGAGGUCCAUGCCAGUUCUUUCAUAGGGGACCUUGAUUAGCGGUAGAGGGUGCAAUGACGUUUUUGGGGUGGCCGGUGGAUUCACCAACUGACAUUCAUGGCAUGCCGCACACCACUUGUGAACGUGUCCUAGAUGGCCAGCCAUUGGAUUAUGUUGAGCUGCCUGGAAGAGGGAUUCCCUACGGCUCUUUGGUACUAAUAAUUGGGUUGUGUCCUGUGUCACUCGAUACAACCGAUCUUUAAUCAUUGAAAAAUAUGGGUAUGUGAAUGUGACAUCAGGCUGAAGCUGUUAACCACCGAUGACUCUCACGUGGUCAAACACGUGUUUGAGGGGCUCGUCACAUGACAGCUCUAGAGGGAAAUCCCCCUCAUGGAACCCCCCGAGUACGGGAACUCCUCUUGUGUCAUCUUGACAUGGAGCAGAUGUAGAUGGCCCUGGUGCCGCCUCUCCAGCCAUAGCAUCGCACGUCACACGUGAGGCAACAUUUUACAGGGCCCAUCCACACAUAUUUCCCUUAAUACAUUCUUAAAAUCAGGCCAAUUCGUUCCCAAAAUCAGUGGAUGGGUGAUGCAGGAAUUAACCGUGGCCUCUACUCUAUACUUUUUUCCCCUGAAUAGUAUCUCAAUGGUAACCACUGGAUACAUGUGAAUAUCCCUGUGCACACACCACACCCUCACCCGUAUAUGCCCUGUGCCCCGUCUUGCACCAGGCAUUGGUGGAAAGAGGUUUGAGGGAGACAGUGGAAUUGGGGGACACAGACAAAGGAAAGGACCCCCUAGGUCGGGGAAGGGGUUUGGGCGGGGUUGGAAAGGUGAGGGGGGAUUGAGAUGCAGGGAGAGAGAGAGAGACAAGAGAGAAGAGACUCUGGAAUGCUGCCUCCCGGAAAUGCCAUCAUGUAGUCCUCGGCCAGCUGGACGACCUCCUCCAGCAACGCCAGGUGGUGACACUGGACCCACUUGGCCAUCCCCCAAGGAAUCUGGGAGAUGAAUUGCUCCAGUGUCACCAAGUCGAUGAUAUCCACGGCGACGCAGGUUCCCUCAGCCAGUAACCAUUUCCGACAGGCAUCCCGGAGCUGUUGUACAAAAGCAAACGGGCAGCCGUGUUUCCUGAACUUCAGGGACCUGAAGCGCUGGCGGUUCUGUUCAGGACUACGGCCAACCCAUUGCACAAUGGUGGUCUUCAGAUCUCUAUAUUCGAAGAGGCUGGUGGCAGGAAGUAGUUGAGCCGCUAGUUGUGCUUCCCUGGAGAGCAGCAGUAACAGGUGGGCCACCCACUGGUCGGGUGGCCACUUCCAGGUCGCAGCUACAGGCCCCUUUUUGUCGAUCAGGCUCCGGAACACCUGCUGGUCCUCCGCUUGAGCAGGAGUUGGAAAUGCUGUUCCUGCUCCAGGCGUAACUCCAUGAGGGCUUGGUGUUGAUUUUGCUGGAUGCUAGCGAGGGACUUGAUGACAUUUCGUUCACUCAUUGCUGAGAUAAAAUGCACUCACUGCCAUUCACUAUAUAGGAAAUAGGGAAUGAGUGAAUGAUUUCGGACACAGCGAUCGAUUUUGAUAGCAUAAAAAUUAAUAAGGAUAUAUAUUUUAUUGAAAUUAGACAUUUUUGAUUACAUGAUAACAUAAAAAUAGAGAAUCAGUCAGGUUUUUUCCCUAGUUACCCCCUGUUUUCGAUGUUUUGGAUAAAAUGGUUAAGUCCAUUUUCAUCAGUGGACCCACAUGUUAGGCUUGUUUGAUAUGUCAAAUGCCUUUCCUUGAAAAUAGAUGAGAGCAGGCUGGUGCAGUCUGGGGAGGAGUGAAAUAAGAGCUGUCAAGUCGGACAAUUCUCACUUCUCGUAGUGGAUCAGCCGCUACGAGAUCAGAAGCAGAUAUUGCGUGAUUCGCGUUCAAUUGCUUUUUUGUUAAUAAAGUGGAUGCAAUUUAAAUUCUGUUGCUUUUAAAUAAAAAUGAAUAUGAUUAACAAAACACUCGAUGUACCUGUUAUUUAAUUCCCCACAUAAGACGUGUCUUUCCAUAAUUUUUUUUUUAAUAAUGACACGUAUUUUAGAUAUUUCAGAAAUAUGAUACCAAUCACAUAUCACAUACAGAGAUUGCACUGUCAGAAUGUUCAAAUAUAAUUUAUACACAUAAAAACAUGAUAUUAGAGAUAAAAACAAUCAAACAUUUUAAAAGAGAACAAAACAUCACGGUUGUUUAAGCCAAUGAGCAUUAAGCUGUGUCGUCAACAAGUCAUAUCCCAACGUACUUGCAGUUCGCACAGCUCGGAACUGCGGCCGCCUCACUCUCACAGGAGUAUUUUUGUUAUACAUGGUCAUGAUAUCACAGCAAGUCAGACAGAUUUCUAACCGGCAUGCACCUGUCGGUGAUCACCGGUGAUCGGUUCUGCGUAGAACUUGCCCAUCUCAGACGAGCCUAAUGAAAUGCAUGCUGUUUUUAAUUCAAUCAUUGGAUUGGAUCAUAAGCAGAGAACAUGAAACACAAGUAGCCUACAAAUUUUGCAAGUUUUUGAUAUAAAAGUAUUUGUUUUUAUCCACACUCAAACUGCCCACCUGUUGGCCAGUGACAGUUAACAGGUUUAAAAUGGGCAUGUAAGAUGGCCUCUGUAGCACUCCCAUUUUCACCUACAGUCACCAGAAUUGGUACAUAUAUAGUUCUCAUCAAGCCGGACAACUUUCUUAAUUAUAGUUAAUAGGUCUGCCAAACAAUAAGUCGGCCAUUUUGGAUUUUUUUUUAAUUUUGCAGGCUCUGAACUUUUAAGUACUCCUGCUAGGUGAUUCAUGAUUCAUGAUUCAUAAAUUAAUGGUGAAAAUGGUAAACAGGAAGUGCCUCAUAUCUUCUGUGUGCAAUGUGUUAUUUAGAUCAAAAUUGAGAUGUAUGUUUAGUCUUGGGGGCAAAUCACAUGGAUGUGACUAUUUUGGAACACGGUCAUAGCGCCACCACCUGGGAGCAGGAAGUGUGUCUCUUACAACAGACUUUAAAAUAGUCCUCUUAUGUUUACUCAAAUUGCUUCAAAAUUGUUUGAAAUAAUGUCAAAUGCCAAAUGCAUGUGUCCAACUUGCAUUGUUUUCUGAAAGCCACCGGGUGGAAAUGGACCAGUUGCAGCUAUAUUUAUAACUAUUAUUACACUGAAGUUAAAGAGGUCUCAAUCAGCAUUUGACCAGUGGAUUUACAAAAACUAUUUCACUUUUAAGGAGACACAGGGCAAAAACAUUACUAUGCAAUGUAAACACUGCCUUCCAAAACCUAAUAUCCUGUCCACUGCAAACGAUUCCAUGUCAAAUCUAAAGAAGCAUUUGGAGGUGUGCUUGCAUGUUUUCUCAACCUUCACUAAUUAUUGAUUCUGGAAGUCUGGACAAAAAUAAUAAUAAUACAAAUAAAAAUAAAUCCUGGAAGUAUAUUAGUCUAAAAAUAUCUUCUUCUAAAUAAAAAUUAUUCAAAAAAUUACAGUUGGGUCAAAGGUAAUCCAAAGUGAUCCAAAAGCAAUCAGAUUAGAUUACCCACAAGCUAUUAUCCAAGAGAUUACAUUACUGAUUGCAAUUUUUGUCAAUUUUGUAAUUGGUAUUGGAUUACAGUUUAUAAGUAAUCAACCCAGCACUACAUACAUACAGUACAUAAUUUAUUUUGUGAUAAUUACCAGCUGAUUGCAAAUUAUUCCACUUAUUACACAGCUACUUACCAAAUAAAUAAAUAAAUGGACAUACAUUUUUAAGCGAGUAGAAGCUAUUUUAUUAUGUGAGAAGAAAGAGAAUGGUAACAGAGAGAAGAAACUAGGGCAACCAUGUAGGAAAUCGGUUUCUAUGUGGUCAGUGGUUAAUUAAAAAGUGUAGCAGUCGUUAUACAAAAAUAUUUGACCACAGAAAUCAGCAAACGACCAAUCAGAAUGAAAUAUUCCAGAGAGCUGUUCGAUAAAUGCUGACAGUCAGAUAAUCUAACAUGCAAGUCUACCAGGCCACCACACCCUUGGCUGCACACAUAAAUAUUAUAUCAGUCCUGCAUACAUUUUUUUAUGUAAUAUCGAUUGUCUUCCUUGUUCUUGAUAUUGUUGGAAAUGUUAGGCUUCAUUGAGAAAGAAUGUCAGACAUCUAGACACAAACACAAUGUGAUAGCACACACUUACACAAU